AUGUCUUUCUACACUAUUUCCAUCUUGUUUCUUGUGCCCUUAUCGGCUCUCGCCCAUAGCUCAACAUGUCCAGGCAAGCCUGCCUCGAACCAACUUCAGUACUCUGUUUGCCCAGGACCACCAGGCGUCUACGUAGUCGAGUCGAGCCAGGGCAAAGGCUUGGGCGUCUUUGCUGUCCACGAUCUGGACGUUGGUGACAUAGUCAUGCGCGAAGCUCCCGUUCUCAAAAUCCAGUUUCCCCAAGUCCCAAGAGGAGGUGUAUAUCCCAUGGAUGCCGUAUCACGACUUGUUCACCACGAAUUUGAUGCGCUCUCGCCUCAACAACAAGAGGAGGUACUCUCAUUGACUUACUACACCAAAGGCGCAAACACAACCGAAGAGGACAAGCUCGCCACCAUAUUCCGCACCAAUGCGUACAUGACAGACGACAAAGUCGGCUUGUUUCCCAAGAUUGCGCGCAUUAAUCACUCUUGCCGGCCCAACACGGGCUAUACUUGGAGCAAGAGGUUGAACAAGCGCGUGGUAUUCGCGACGAGGAAAAUCAAGGCUGGAGAGGAGUUUUUCGUAUCUUACAUCUCCCUAGCCAUGCCGCAAGAGGACCGACAGAAGCAUCUCAACAAGUAUGGUUUCAAGUGCCAAUGUGACGCCUGCUCUCGAGACAAAGCGGUCAGCGAUAACCGCCGCAUCACCAUCAGUAGAGCUUUUGCCAGGUUCGAGCACCGCCUUACCAUUGAACCUCCGCAAUCAAAGGCCGGCAAACGCGAGGCACUCAAAAACGCCCAAGUAAGCAUUCAGCUCUCCCAGCUUGUGCAAGAAGAGGGUCUUGCGGAUUACUACGCCAAAGCCUACCGCAUUGUUGCAAUCACCCAUGGCCGAGUAGAAGACUGGCAAUCAGCAGCUACCUGGGCUAACAAAGCGUACGAAAUACGAUACAUGGAAGAUCCCGACUCGUCGCUUACCAACGAGAUGGCACAACUCACUGGUCUUUACAUUUCGAAUUGGCAAAGCCAGCUAAAGUAUGUGACGCCCUCAGCAUGA